CCCUUAGGUGAUAUUCGCGCGCCAGUGACGUAACAAUCAAUGUGUGAGAUGUGAUAAAUUGCAAGCUCUGUUGCCUCUAGAUAUAUAAUCAUUACACAGCAAUGCAAUACACGGGGAGUAGUUACCACGGUGAGUGGCAGCGUGACAGGAUGCAUGGGCAAGGGGAGUACAUCCUUCCUCCUCUCAUCGGUACGAAGUAUGUGGGCGGUAUGAAGGACGGACUUUACCACGGGGACGGUGUCAUUCACGUCACAGAAACUCUUAAAUUUAUCGGGAAAUUCCUUAAUGGAAAAGUGGUAGAGGGCAAGUACGAGUUCUCUGAUGGAAUUGUGUUUGAAAAAGAAGACUGGCACUACUGCGACGGCAUAAGGAAUCGGCUUUUUGGUUUAGAAGAAAGGGACGGCAUACAGCCCGCAGGCAGGUCGUUAUUAUCUAAUGUAGAUCCACCACGCGAGACCCCUAAAGGCAUGUUCGAUUGUGGUGACGGGUUCUACGAUCCAAUCCGCCGAGUGGUCUAUACCUACGACAUGCGCUUUCUACGAACCACGGACGAAGAAGAACACAAGUGGAUAGUGGGUAAAUGCUUCAAGGGAUGGGAUGAAGCCGUCGGGUAUCAACCACAAACUGAUAACAAAGCAUCUCAAGGUUCCGAAAACUCAGAAUAAAACGUUUUUCGCAAAA